CAGAACGCUAAUGCUGUGAUAGUGUGAAUAGUAUUCUGUGGCAGGUGUGAUCAUAAACACUGCAUGAUAUUAAUUAUUCACUGGAUGUGCUGACGCAUUACCUGGCUUAAGGUCUACUCCAUAGAGCUGGCCUAUCGCUGUCAUUGUGUCACCCAUCCAACACAGGAAAACAAGGAUCCAAAAUGUUCAACACAAAGAGGUUGAAGAAGAAGUCCCAGUCAGUGGACAUCCCUGAUGAGGGUUAUGCUGGUUCUCUGGUCAAAGACUUGCUGGCGUCGCCCCUCAUACAGAAUGUGGCCAGAUCAGCCAUAAGUGAAGAAAAGGAGAUCAAUACCACUAACAUCCAAAAGGCUCGUAGUCCUCGACGUGGAGAGCUCAAGAGAGGGUAUACCAUCGACACCGGGCAGAAAAAGAGUGCGCUGGAGAGGAAAGAUGUGCGGAGGAUAUCCUUCCAGAGGCCCAAAGGCACCAUGGAGUAUGUGGUGGAGUCCCGGGACACACUCAACAGCAUUGCGUUGAAGUUUGACACGACUCCCAAUGAACUCGUCCAGCUCAACAAACUCUUCUCUCGCGCCGUGGUGCCUGGCAAGGUGCUGUAUGUCCCUGAUCCGGAAUAUAUCUCCAGUGCAGACAGCUCUCCCUCCCUCAGUCCCAUCAGCCCCCUCUCCCCUACCUCUUCAGAGGCUGACCUGGAGAAGACCACCACAGAUUCAGAUGAUGUCCAUCGGAGGCACAGCACUCCCGGUCAUGGGCCCCAUCGGCCAGCCAGAGUGGUGUCAUCCACCUCCGAGGAAGAAGAGGCGCUUACGGAAAAGUUCCUUAAAAUGAACUGCAAAUACAUCACAGAUGGCAAGGGUAUAGUCAGUGGUGUUCUUUUGGUCACCCCAAACAACAUCAUGUUUGACCCUCAUAAGUCAGACCGAAUGGUGCAGGAGCGAGGAUGUGAGGAGUACGGGAUCAUGUGCCCGCUGGAGGAGGUGCAGUCUGCAGCCAUGUGCAGGGAAAUCACCGACAUCAGGGUCCGAGAUCUAGUGCCACUAGAUCUGGAGUUAAAGCCUUCUGUAACUGAGGGGAGCCAUCUCAAGAGGGCGCCUCGUCUCAACACAGCCAAUGCAACACACCGAAUCCAUGAGACGGGCAACGACAGUGCCAGUACAGCCCCUCGUAGUACAGAAGCAUCUCUGUCCGAAGACGUUUUUACAGAGUCAGAACUUUCUCCAGUCCGUGAUGAUGCCCUCGCAACAUCUUCUGACGAGCUGCAGCAGAUAAAGUCCUCCGGUGCGUCUUCUGAAUCGGUGCAAACCAUCAACCAGGCUGCCACAGCCACAGAAAAACCCUCAAUGGUUGACAAAAAGGAUGUAAAAGAAGCUGUACAAAAUGCAGAAACUGAGGGAAGAGGAUGGAGGGAUAGUGGUAUCGAGCAGAGUCUGAAUACUAGAGAUUUAUCCAGUGAGCUUGUGUCUGUGAACAUAACGAGGGAGCAGCCUGCAGAUGAGGCCAAAUCACGCACCACAUCUGAGUCGCUUUGUUCAGAUACUGUGGCUGUUGAGGAUUUUGCAAAAGCCCAUGAGACACAGAAGAGCAUGGAAACUCGGACUAUGCAAUCAACCAGUGAAAUGAAGGAAGGAGAGCAAGGGAUGUCCAAUGACUUCACACCAGCUGAUGAGAUUGGAGCAGAUGAGGGACAGAGUACAGAGGAAGUUGUGCCGGGGCCUAAAGGCAAGCAGAAGUCCAAGUCGCACAAGUUCCUGUGCCUGCGGGUUGGCAGGGCCAUGCGGAAGACUUUUGUUUCCCAUGCCAGUGCCUCCAUGCAGCAGUACGCCCAAAGAGACAGGAAGCACGAGUACUGGUUCGUUGUUCCUUCUGAGAGGUCAGACCACCUGUAUGCAUUCUUUGUCCAGUGGACCCCUGAUGUGUUUGGAGAAGGUUUGGGUGGACUGACGCGGGAGCCUGGGUUUGUAGUGGUUAAAAAGAACCAGGACGCUGAAAGCUGGGAGCAUGAGAGACCAGUACCUGAUAUCACAUUCAAGGACUGGGAGGUAGUUUCUGUGACCGAGUACUACCGGCGGAUAGAUGCGCUAAACAGUGAGGACCUGCGCUCGCUCUGCAAACGUCUUCAGAUCACAACCAAGGAAGAGGUGAACUCCAAACACAUGGUGAAGAGUGACCCAGAACCUGAAUCAUUCAGGCCCAAUCUGAACGAGCCCAGUGUCCUUCUGCAACCUGAUCAGAUCGAAAAGCUGGCCAAGCACCUCCCCCCCAGGACGAUUGGCUAUCCCUGGUCUCUGGCAUUCAGCACAUCCAAACACGGCAUGAGCAUCAAGAGCCUGUACCGCGCCAUGCAGGCCCAGGACUCCCCAGUACUCAUGGUGAUCAAGGACAGAGAUGGACAGCUGUUUGGAGCUCUCGCUUCAGAGCCAUUUAAAGUCAGUGAUGGCUUCUAUGGCACCGGAGAGACAUUCGUUUUCACCUUCUGUCCAGAAUUUGAGGUCUUCAAAUGGACGGGUGACAAUAUGUUCUUCGUGAAAGGAGAUAUGGACUCCUUAGCUUUUGGUGGUGGAGGGGGUGAAUUCGGGCUGUGGUUGGAUGGCGACCUCUAUCAUGGCAGAACUCACUCGUGUAAGACCUUUGGAAAUCCAAUGCUCUCAAAAAUGGAGGACUUCUAUGUGCAGGACAUUGAAAUAUGGGCCUUUGAAUAAGACA